AUGAAGACGAUUUUGGUGACCGGAGGCACCGGAUUGGUCGGAAGCGCCAUCAAAAAGGUGGGCGCCCGAAAUGACAAUUUUAGGCCAUAAAUGAACUGAAAAGUCUGAAUUCAGUUGAAAAAAAAAGGAAAAUGGCAGUUUUAGGUUGACAUUUGAUUUUAGGUGAUAGAAACCACUGAAAAACGAGACGACGAGAGGUGGGUGUUCAUCGGAAGCAAAGAUUGCGAUUUGGAGAAUCUCGAGGCGACCCGGUUUGGUUUGCCCUCGCAAAUCCCCUCAAUUUUCCCAUUUUCUGCAGAAAACUGUUUGAAUCGGUGAAGCCGACGCAUGUGAUCCAUUUGGCGGCGAUGGUCGGCGGUCUUUUCCACAAUCUCGCUCACAAUUUGCAGUUUUUCCGCAAGAACAUGGUAAACCGCGGUCUACCGAAUCGGCCGGCGGCCUAACUUUCUCCUUCUAGGCCAUCAACGACAACGUGCUCGCUUUGUGCCACGAAUUCGAUGUGGAGAAGUGCGUUUCGUGCCUGUCCACGUGCAUUUUCCCGGAUCAAACGAGUUAUCCGAUCGACGAGACGAUGGUCCACUUGGGACCGCCGCACGACUCCAACUUUGGCUACUCGUACGCCAAACGGAUGAUCGACGUGCUCAACAAGGGCUACGCGCAGGAGCACGGCAGAAAGUACGCAGUGCACCGCACAGAGCAUUCCGAGCGUACCGUACCCGUUUCAGAUACACUUCGGUGGUGCCGUGCAACGUGUUCGGACCGCACGACAACUACAAUCUGAAGGCGGGACACGUGCUGCCGGCGCUCAUCCACAAAGCCUACGUGGCCAAGAAAGAAGGGACCGCCCUUCAGGUGUUCGGCUCCGGAAAACCGCUCCGACAGUUCAUCUACUCGCUCGACCUCGCGCGGCUUUUCGUCCGAGUCGUCCGCGAAUAUGAGGUCAGAUUUUGGUGGAGAAUGAGAAAGUUUUGCGACCCGACUGAAUAGGUCACAAGAGAAAACUCAAAAAUGUAUUUUAAAAAUACACAACACUACUUAACUCUGCGAUCUUGGUACGAUUCUAAAGAUGCAGCGCCAAAUAUGAGAAAUAUUUUUCGUGACCCGACUAAAGGCUAAUGCUCUUAUUUUCAGUCGGUCGAGCCGAUCAUCCUUUCGGUGAGCGAAUCGGACGAAGUAUCGAUCCGCGACGCGGUGUCGGCAGUUGUGAAGGCGAUCGGAUUCGAAGGCGCCGUCGAGUACGACACUUCGAAAGCGGACGGACAGUUCAAGAAGACGGCGUCGAACGAGAAACUGCUCGCGCUGUUCCCGGACUUUGAAUUCACUCCGUUCGAGACGGCCAUCCGCGAGUCCGUCGACUGGUUCGUCGACAAUUACGAAACCGCCAGAAAGUGA